GCAUGUUAAAAGGUAAGCGGACUAAGACUACGCCAUGAACUAUUCAAACCAAAAAGGAAGGAAACAAAAAAAGAAAUAUCUUUGCUUUUUUUUUCUCGUUCUUCUUUGUGUGUACACGCCUUCACCUCUAAGCUUUGACCAAAGUGUCGUUAUUUUCUCUUGUCUCUUGAAACGGAAUAUAGACUCAGGAACGCGUUUCAGCUAGAAAAGUCACUGUUCAUAUCUCGACUUCGUGAUGAAUCAAUGAUGAUGAGCUCUUCAUCUUCUAAUACACAAGCUGUACCAUUCAGAGACAUGGGGAUGUAUGAACCGUUCCAACAGUUGUCUGGUUGGGAAAACACUUUCAACACCAUAACUACUAACAAUCAUAACAACAACAAUCAGACUUCUUCCACAAUUGCCAGAACAGAAGCAGAUGCUAACAAUAAGGGAAACUACACUUGUUUGUAUAAUAACUCUGUUGAAGCAGAACCGUCUGGUAACAAUGACCAGGGCGAAGUUCAAAUCAGUGAUAAGAUGAAACGGAGAUUGGCUCAGAACAGAGAGGCUGCUCGCAAAAGUCGUUUGAGAAAGAAGGCCCAUGUCCAGCAGUUAGAAGAAAGCAGGUUAAAGCUAUCACAGCUCGAGCAGGAACUCGUAAGAGCUAGGCAGCAGGUAAGCUCAAGCUUGUUUCCUUUUUUGUGUUCUGUCUUUCACCAAAAUGUAUCUGUUUUUAAUGUUCACUUAGUGAUUUUUUUUUCUUUGUUUCAGGGAUUGUGUGUAGUAACAUCAGACGCUACUUAUCUUGGACCAGCUGGGACCAUGAACACAGGGAUCGCUGCGUUCGAGAUGGAACACAAACACUGGCUAGAAGAACAAAGCAAGAGAGUCAGCGAGAUUCGAACCGCGCUCCAAGCGCACAUCAGCGACGUGGAGCUCAAAAUGCUCGUCGACGUUUGCUUGAACCACUACGCCAAUCUCUUCCGCAUGAAAGCUGCUGCUGCGAAGGCUGACGUGUUCUUCUUGAUAUCCGGAAUGUGGAGAACUUCCACCGAACGUUUCUUCCAGUGGAUCGGAGGUUUCCGCCCCUCCGAGCUCUUGAAUGUUGUGAUGCCGUACAUUGAGCCUUUAACUGAUCAGCAACUCUUGGAGGUGACGAACCUUCAGCAGUCGUCUCAGCAAGCAGAGGAGGCUCUCUCUCAAGGCUUGGAUAAGCUUCAGCAAGGUUUGGUUGAGAACAUUGCUGUUGUUGAGUCUUUGAAUCAUGGAGGAGCUCAGAUGGCUUCAGCCAUGGAGAAUCUUGAAUCUUUGGAGGGCUUUGUGAACCAGGCGGAUCAUCUGAGAAAGCAGUCUCUGCAGCAAAUGAGUAAGGUCUUGACGACAAGACAAGCUGCUCGUGGCUUGCUUGCUUUAGGAGAGUACUUCCACAGGCUUCGUGCUCUAAGUUCUCUUUGGGCAGCUCGUCCACGCAAUUAACAAUUUUAGGAGGCACAAGGAAGAAGAGUCAACCUCAAAUGGUUUUAGCUAGGCAUGUAUGGAGAUGUAGAGUGAUUUGAUUAUCCAUUAGAACAUCAUCUUCCUCAUUGAUGUUUUGUUUGUUCUUGAGAGAAAAUGAAUAAAGAAGAUAUAUAUAUAUAUAUCUAUGGGUUGAAACAUUUGUAAAAAAUAACACUCUUUAUACUUGCUGCAUAAUGUCAUAUGGAAAUUAAAAUGUC